AUGGAAGAGAGGACUUUUGAAGACUCUAAAUGUAAAAGUAAAGUGAUGGAAAAUACUGAUUCAGAAGUAGAGCCUGCUGCACAUUUACCAACUUUUGUCAAUGUCUCUAUUUUGGUAGAAUCAAAUGAUGGCAUAUGUAAUGAAAAAAACAUUGUUGAAAAACGGUUUCAGCAGCCAUCAGAUUCAACAGAGAAUGUAAACCAGAAACAAAACAGAUGCUCUGGUUUUCCAAAAAUGUGCAAAAAUGAGCUUCAGUUUAAAGCUUGGCAAAAGUCCCGGUCAUGGCUCAUGAUGAGUUCAAGUGGGUCGGUUAUGUGCCGUAUUUGUAUAGAAGUAAAGUCUUCUACACCAGCAAGUGAUGUGACACUCGGUUGUCGUAAGGACAGGGCUUUCAUUGAUGGAACUGUUGGCGGAAAAACCGUCAAAAAAUUGCUAAAAAAAAAUGAUAAACACCAACAAUCAAAAUGCUACCCAUACCCCCUAGUCGCGAGGAUUUUCGCGCCUUAA